CCUAGGAGGUGAACGCCCCGUGCCCUGGGUGUCUCAGCAGAAAUUGCUGCCAGCAGCCCUGUUGUGUGUCCUCAUCCCAGCAGCUGCUGGUCCCCCAUCACGGCUGAGGGAAACCGAGGCGUGGAAGGUGGGAGACAAGCACUGUGCAAGCACUCCCGGUGCAAUGCCACAACCAACAGGUGCUGGGACUGCUGUGACACAGCUUGGGAAACCCAAGCUUGAACCCCGGUGUCUUGGGGGUCACUGGAAGAAGAAACAAAAUUCAGACCUGAAUAAGAGAACAACUAGCAGAGAGCAACCGGAAACUGAAACCAGCCAUGUGCUUUGCUCCCCCUUGUCCUGCUCGGGACACCCACCUGUCCCCACGAUGGGGCUGAUGCCAUAAGCCCCACAGCAGGACGCAGAGACCUAACGUGCCAUGAGCAGGAAACUUUCCUCCCGUUCCCCUUCACACACUGGGACAGGAAGCACCUUUGCACCGGUUUGCCUGCUCCCUACCCCGUGCGCUGUUUGCAGUAGGCACCCAGGUGUGUCUUUUGCUGCAAACUUCAAUCCAAAUCCUGACACGAUUAGCACGAGACGAGCACGUGCUUGUGAGGAUCUGACUCCGCAUUUUUGUUGGCCCUGAUCUUCAACGUGAUUGAUGCUCAACACCGGGAGCAGGCUGAGAAGGCAGCACCAAAGUGAGCAGCAGCACAAUGCAUUUGCCCUGCCUGUCCUGUCCAGCUACCCUGGGAAGGGUUAAAAGGCAGUUUUGCAGAGCUGCUGCUGCUGUUCACGGGCACAGCCGGCCGAGCUAGGCUGGAACAAACCCGUUCCUUCACUUGUGUGCAGGGAGAAGGGGGUGAGGAGGCCACGUGGCCCUUGGCGGCGCAUCUCCGGGGCUCUUGCAGCAAAAAGCCCAGGAGAUCCUGCAGGUCAGGCUGCCGAGGGGAGAAGGUGUCCCAUAGCUGGAUGAAAGCCACAGCAAGCGUGUGGCCCCCUGGGACAGCCCACCCCGAUGAGCACAAGGACACACAAGGGGAGCCAGGGCUCCAGAAAUCUUCUGCUGGACAAGCUCAAGUGUUGGACAGGGCAGCUGGGAACAGAGAGGAGCUGUGCUUCUGCCUUUUUUUCAGGUUUGCUGUUGCCGGGGAGAGGUUUUAGGCUGUCAUCCAGCUAAUUCACACCAGAGAGACAAGCACUUGAAUUAGUCGCAUUAUCUGCACCCAGCUAAAGUGGACAAAGGAUUAAAGUGUGCUGAGCACCACCACCGUGAUUUGCAUGUUAGAGCCCCUUCCCACGGGCCCCCUCAGCUUGCAGCCCCCCCCCCUUUUUUUUUUUCUGGCUGUGAGCCAGCCGGCAAAAGAGCCCUGUUUACAGAAGUGAUGCCCGGGUUAAUAUUGCAGAAGACUUCAUCAAAGCUUUUUAGUCGCUACUGAAGCAGAAGUAUCUAACCGUGGGCAAUGAGCUGGCCGGGCUGCGCACGCAGGGGAUGAUCCGCCCGUGCUGCGCACACAACCGCGCGCUGCUGGCCCUUCGCUUCAGCCCGAGGUCCGUUCCCUGGGCCGAGGGUUGCAUGGUAGCUGCAGUCGCUUCCCCAGCAGGCCGGCCUGGGAGGAGAAAGCAGCCAUCAUGUCCCAAGGAGGAGCAUGGGGAGCUGCCAAGCCCCAGGACCGGGGCUGGGCAUGGAUGGUGCUGCUUGCCACAGUGCUGCUGCAGGGGCUGACGCUGGGCUUCCCCUCAUGCAUCGGCGUCUUCUUCACGGACCUCCAGCACGAGUUCCAGGCCUCCAACAGCGAGACGUCAUGGUUCCCGUCCAUCAUGGUGGCCGUGCUGCACGGAGGCGGACCCCUCUGCAGCAUCUUGGUGAAGCGAUUUGGCUACAGGUUUGCUGUGAUGCUGGGAGGCCUGCUCAGCAGCGUGGGCAUGGUGUCCAGCUCCUUCUGCAAGUCCCUUGGCCAGCUUUACAUAACAGCUGGCCUCAUCACUGGUCUGGGAUCAUGUUUCAGCUUCCAGGCAGGAGUGACUGCACUGGGCCACUACUUUGUGCGGUGGCAAGCGUUGGCUAAUGCCAUGGCAUCCACUGGUGUCUCUCUUGGUUUCACGCUGUGGCCGCUGCUUUCUCAAUACAUGCUGGAUGAGAUGGGCUGGAGAAACACUUUUCUUAUCUUUGGAGGAAUACUAUUAAACUGUUGCGUCUGCGGAGCCAUUAUGAGACCAGUGCAGCUUGCUUCAGGAUCACUAGUGCAGUUACCCAGGCCUGGAGAGGAUUCAGGGAGAAGAGCAGAAGAGGCGCAGCUGUCCAAUGGAGCAUCUUCUCCCCACCUAAAGUACCAGCAGCAAAACAGAAAGAUUGCAUGCUUCCAGAUGCUGCAGAAGUACCUGGCUGUUGAUAUCUUCUGUCAAAACAAAGGUUACCAGAUUUACACUAUCGGAGUGACCUGGAUGAUGAUGGGGUUUGUGUUACCCCACGUCUACCUUGUACCUUAUGCCAUCCAGAACGGGGUGGAGGAACACAAGGCAGCCCUCCUCAUCUCCAUUACUGGGUUCAUCAACACCUUCAUACGCCCUUUGACAGGACUGCUUUCGGGACACAGAAUCUUCACAGGAAGACGCAUCUACCUGUUCAGCCUGGCUGUGCUCCUCUGCGGGCUGAGCAAUUUCAUUUGCAUCAUUUCAGCUGAGUUCAGCGUGCUCAUUGUCUACUGCGUCAUCCUCAGCAUAGCCACGAGUGGCAUUGGGGCACUCACCUUCCAGGUGCUGAUGGAUGUGGUGGAAAUGGACAGGUUCUCAAGCGCUCUAGGGCUCUUCACGGUUCUGGAGAGUAUCACUCUCCUCAUUGGACCCCCUCUCACAGGUCUCCUGGUGGACAUAACUAAUGAUUUCCACUAUGUCUUCUACACCUCCAGUUUCCUCCAGAUAUCAGCUGCAUUGUUCAUGGGGCUCAGCUUCUGUGCUCUGGAAAAAAAAAUAAAUUUGAAAGAGACCACAAAAGUACCUUUGGAUAAUCCCUCCAGAUAUCAAUACAAUGACACGCCAACUGAACCGCAGCCUGAAAGUCAAUCCACUCCAGUCGUCGUGUACGUCACAAGCAUAUGAAAAAAAGAAAAAAGAAAGGAAAAAAGAGAGGAAUACAAACAAUCACGUGGCCUGUACAAAGCUACACAAGCCCUGGCACUGAUGGCAGAGAAACUGAGUGUGUGCAUCCCACAACUAUCAUCAUCCUCCUGCCCCGUGCUUCCACUCGGUGGGGCCGUGUCAGGCUCCACGCGAGCAAUGCGGAUCUCGGGCUGAGCCCAGCGCCGGCCCAGGAGCCAAAGGACACACAGAUCUGUGCUUUCCUAAAGCAGGCCGUGGGGUAACAGCCAUGGCAGCCAGCUUGAGAAGCGAAAGCCACGUUGAUUCAAUUGGUCUAAGUCGGUGCCUUUCAGAAGUCACCGAUAUUUCAUGUACACAUUUCAGCUUAGCACUGGAAAAUACAUAUUGAUGGCUAUGCACAAUGGUAGUUCUUUCACAGAGUAAUUACACGCCUAAUCUGAACGUAAAAAUUUGGUGCAGGUUUAUAUGAACUUUCCUGGUAGCCUCUCACAUUGUGGGGGGGACAAAACAAACACUUUCAAUUGGAAGUGUGUCGUUAUUUCCCACAUCUCAAAACAUUAUAUGGAGGCUGCCAUAUGGGUCACAGAACUCAGGCAAGUCUCUAGUAAGAUCAAAUAUUUUUCUCCUUAUGAGGUAUAUGAGUUCUUCAUAUCAAAGGCAUUUUCAAAGCCUCAAAGGGUCAACUCCAGAGCAUCAAAAACAAAGACCCAAACCUUACAGCGAGUGCCUUGCAUAACUAGUGGUAUUUCUAGUGCUUCCUGAUGUAUCACAACUGAGGAUUCAUGGCUUGUAUAAAUACAUUUCUUUCCAGCAUCAACUGGGACACUUUUUUUUUUUUUAAGGGGGACAGGUGGAGAGCACGUCAUAGAAGGUGUUAGUAGACCAGAGAUUGAAUGUAUGCAUCCUUAUCCUUAUAUAGUGCCAAAUCCUUGUAUAAAUGCAUUUAGAUCUUUAGUCUAAGACUCGUAGACUUAUGUAUACCAGCAUUCUCAGCACAGAGAAGUUUGCACAAGUAUAACUUACAUGUCAAAAAGAAAUCAAUGUGGAAAAACAUAC